GUAGCAGUCCCAUCUUCAACUCCAUCAACACAUGUUCAAAUAUGCUGUAAUCCUAGCAGAAGUUGACAGCUUCAAUGUCCUGUGCAAGGCUGACACUGUUGUGCUGAUCUAUGAGGCCUCUUGAUGCGGUGCCAUUGCUUCAACUGUCAAGGGCCUCUUCCCACAGUGCAUGUACAGCUGUGGGCUGUAUGUGUUGACAGGGUGCGAUACUGGUGAAAGGUUCUAUGCGUUGGAAUUGGUGUAAGGAGAGAUGGUGCUCUGAGGUCCUCUGUCUGUUGCUGUUUCUGUUGCUGUUGCUAGUCUGUCUGUGCUUGUACUGUAGGCUGAUUGGUACUGAGGGCUCAUGUGUAGGAAAUAAGCCAUAUUUGGACAGUGCUUGUAGAAAUCGGGGUACAUCUCGGUUAAAUGGUCUCCCAUGCAUUCCUCUCCCAGAACUUCCUUUGCCAGAAUAUCUGAUUCACAUAUAUAUCAACGUCCAGUAUGGUAUAUCCAUGGAUUACAUCCAACUGUCGAUGUAUCUUAACGUCCACAGUUCUGCCAGACUCAUUACAGUUCCCCAAUGUCAUCCUCAGGAACCCUGUGCUAGGGUUGAAUUCUAUGCAAUCUUGCUGAACCAUCCCACUGAAAGAGACAAUCCCCAUUUCCAAGAGCAUCCUCAAAUGCUUAUGUAGAAGACGCUUUGGACAAUUUAAUUGGAGAUCUAUUCUCUUUCCUUUCACCGUAUGUGAAGGCUUAAUCUGUUGUUCGAAGAUGAAUCUCGAAGAUAUGUGCUGGGUGUAUCAUCAUCGGCUUCUCAUGAAUCAAACCAUAACAACACUUACAAGGGACGAAUAAU